AGAAGGAAGUCUUAGCGUAGGAAGCAUAGCGUAAAAAGAUUAGGAAAGCAUUUACGUUUCGUUGAGGUUUUUAUUAAAGUAAGAUAAAGUAGUGCACUCGUUUUAAUAUUAAAUGUUAUUAUAGUGACUAUUAUACGCCUAUCAUUCUUCUAAACCACAAUCAAGAUGACAUCAGGACCUUACAACUACUCCUACAUAUUUAAGUAUAUUAUAAUUGGAGAUAUGGGUGUUGGCAAAUCAUGCCUAUUGCACCAGUUUACAGACAAGAAGUUUAUGGCAGAUUGUCCUCACACAAUAGGAGUGGAAUUUGGCACUCGCAUUAUUGAAGUUGCAGGACAAAAAAUAAAGCUGCAAAUCUGGGAUACAGCAGGACAGGAAAGGUUUAGAGCUGUCACACGUUCAUACUAUAGAGGUGCUGCUGGGGCACUUAUGGUAUAUGACAUAACAAGAAGAUCUACAUAUAAUCAUCUGAGUAGCUGGUUAACUGACACACGUAAUUUGACUAACCCCAGUACUGUGAUAUUCUUAAUUGGUAACAAAUCAGAUUUAGAUGGGCAAAGAGAUGUGACAUACGAAGAAGCAAAACAGUUUGCUGAUGAAAAUGGACUAAUGUUUGUUGAAGCUAGUGCUAAAACAGGUCAGAAUGUGGAGGAAGCCUUUCUUGAGACUGCUAAGAAGAUAUAUCAGAGCAUCCAAGAUGGGCGACUGGACCUGAAUGCGGCGGAAUCGGGUGUGCAGCACAAGCCGGCGUCGCCGGGCCGCCCGCUGCCCGCGCCGCCUGCUGCGCGCGACAACUGUGCCUGCUAACUGAUCUCGCAGAUAUCACAUACAUGGAAAUCAUACUUAAUGGUUCAAAAUUAUUAUCUUAGUAAUAAACACAAUUGUCAUCAAAUUUGUUUGUUUUGACAUGUUUAUAUUAGUGUACAUUCCACUUUAUAUUUGUUUUGAGAAUGUAUAUUUUAACUGGGCUGACCUGAAAAUGUAAUUAGAAAUUUUGCAAUUUCUAGAUCUGUUUGACAAAUAUUUUCUGCGGAAAUAUUUUUGAAGAAUUUAGCUUCAACCAUAUUGUAAAUGUAUUAUUUAUCUACCUACAUGAGUGUAUUUUUGUAUAGGUAUAAAUAGGUUUGGUCUCUUUUAAUAGAUCAAUUAAACUUUGUUUUUUUAAUCAGUAGUGAAAACGUUAAUAAUUGAUUAUAAUGUAGUAGUUACAGUUUUAAAUUAUUUCAGAUUUUAUUUAUUAGCGGGAGCAGUAUGUGUAUUUUAGUUUAUAAGCACUUAUACAUUGCAUUGACCGUGGUGGUAACAUAGAACUACACGGUAGUUAUUUUUAAAGAAAAUACGUUUCUUAUAACUGUUGUGUGCAUUUUCAAAGCUUUAGCUCUUUUUGUCAUUCCUUCCUACGAUUAUUCUGAGAAGUAAUUUUAGUAAUAUUAUCAAAGCAAAAAUCUGUAAGUCCGUACAUUUAAUAACAAUAAUAAAAUCAGAAUUUGCUUCCAGACUUUAUAAUGUUACCACAAACAAAAGUUAUGUAAUAUAUUUAAGGACUUUAUUUAAUUAUAUUUGUGAACAACAAACAAUUAUAACCUUUAUCGAUAGCGACGUGCGAUCUGUGCAUGUCUCAUUUCCGAAACCAUUAUUUUCUUUCUAUAAAUAAUCACGAGUGUCAUUAUCACGUAAGGUAUGUAAAUAUAAAUAUAUAUCAUAUACUAAGAGGUUUAUACAUUUUAGUUUGUAUGAAUAUGUUCGAAAUAGUCGAGUUUGCCGCUUUAUUCAUUAAUUUGAGGAUAUUUUCCAAAUAAACAAACUAGGUUCACUUUACUGCGUGUAACGUGUUGUGUGUCCAGCUAUGAGUACACUACAGCGUUUCCCUGUAUCUGGGAGGAACGCUUCUGCGUGUAAAUCAAGAUUAUGGCUCCGACAUGAUUUAGCGACGAAAAAUGCGAAUCCAAUUGUGACCCAAUAUCUAUGAAAUAAAUAACAAUAAAAUGUUUAUUUAAAUUUCAUAAAAAAAUACCAAUCGCGCUUGCAAAGAUAGCUUAUCUGUGUCACCAUAAUAUAUUUAUCUGAUAGAGAGAGUUUGAGAACUAACAAGUGAUAAUGAUACUUUGACUGUUGAAAAUCUAUUAAAUCGAAAUAAAUUGAUUACAUCAGCCUAAUCC